AUUUUAGUGCGGCAGAAACGAACAUACCCACAUAUUUCAUACGUAUUGUACAUCGCUGACAACGAAAGAAAACGGUCGUGUGCGCUGUGUAUUUAACUAUAAAUUAUUUAAAUAAAAAUGGUUAAGGUUGAUAUUAAGUACACUAAGUUGUUUAUCAACAACGAGUGGGUCGAUGCCGUCAGCAAGAAAACAUUUCCUACCAUCAAUCCUCAAGAUGAAACCAUCAUCACUCAAGUCGCUGAAGGAGAUAAGGCUGAUGUAGACAUCGCAGUAGAAGCUGCAGUGAAGGCAUUCCAUCGUUAUUCAGAAUGGAGGCUACUCGAUGCAUCUCAACGCGGCAGAAUGCUCCACAAGUUGGCAGAUCUCAUUGAAAGAGAUGUCAAGUACUUGGGAGAACUCGAGACUUUAGAUUGCGGUAAACCAGUAUCGCAGGCAACAAAUGAAGCUGCUUGGUCGACCCAAAUCAUCAGAUAUUAUGCCGGAAAAGCUGACAAAAUCUUGGGUAGCACUAUCCCUGCAGAUGGUGAAGUUCUUUCCAUGACCUUAAAGGAACCAGUAGGCGUUUGUGGUCAAAUCUUGCCAUGGAACUAUCCCAUUCCCAUGUUUGUUUGGAAAAUCGCACCUGCGUUAGCUGCUGGAUGUACGCUUGUCAUUAAGCCAGCGGAGCAAACUCCUCUCACUGCACUUGCUUUAGCUGCUUUAAUUAAAGAAGCUGGAUUCCCCCCGGGUGUGGUGAACGUUAUUACUGGAUAUGGACCCACUGCUGGUGCGGCGCUCACCAACCACCCUAAAGUAGACAAAAUGGCCUUUACGGGAUCAACUGAAAUUGGACGCGUUAUUAUGAGUGGCGCCUCUGCAGUUAAUCUAAAACGCGUCACUCUAGAACUGGGUGGAAAAAGUCCUCUAGUCAUUUUCAACGAUGCCGAUGUCGAAAAGGCAGCACAAAUCGCUCAUCGAGCUGCCUUCGCAAACGCUGGCCAAUGCUGCGUUGCUGGCACUAGGACUUAUGUCCAGUCUGGUAUCUAUGACGCUUUUAUUGCAAAAGCCGCUGAAAUCGCUAAAAACAGGACUGUUGGUAAUCCCUAUGAAGACGUCCAACAAGGACCUCAGAUUGACCAAGACAUGUUCACAAAAGUCAUGGGAUACAUCCAAGCAGGCAAGAAAGAAGGUGCACGCUGCAUUGCUGGUGGAGACCGACAUGGAAAAAUUGGAUUCUUUAUUCAACCCACCGUAUUUGCUGAUGUUAAGGAUGACAUGAAAAUUGCAAGAGAAGAGAUCUUCGGACCCGUACAGAGUAUCCUCAAGUUUGAGACAUUCGACGAAGUAAUCGAUCGCGCAAACAACUCCAACUACGGUCUCGGUUCCGGUGUCAUUACUAACGACAUCACAACCGCAAUGGCAUUCGUUAAACAUAUCCGUACAGGAACUGUUUGGGUGAACACAUACGAACUUGUCGCACCCCAAACUCCAUUCGGAGGAUUCAAGGAAUCUGGUAUUGGCCGUGAAUUGGGCGAGGAAGGGAUCCAGCAAUAUUUAGAGACCAAGACUGUUACGAUCAACCUGCCAAAGAAACCGCAAAUGUAAUUCUAAAAUGAUAAGAAACCAAAUAAAACAAUAAACUUUAUUCAGCGCCUA